AUGGCGAACGAAACCUUUCAGCUGGCCUUUCCUGAUCUCCCCGUCCCGACUCCCACCAGAAUAUCUUACGGCAUCUCUUUCGCCGAAUCCUGCGCAAAACACGUGACGGAGACCUUCCACAAGUCUGCCGCCUAUGUGAUUGCUUCAGCGAGUCUUUCCAGGCAAACGCCCUAUCUCAGCCAACUUGAACAGGCCCUGGGUAGCAACCAUGCCGGCACUUGGAUUGGCCUCCGUCCACACACCUUCUGGGAUGAUCUCGUGCCCAUAAUCAACGACAUUCGUGAGAAGAAGGCGGACAUCAUCAUCAGUCUCGGCGGUUCCUCCAUUGCAGAUGGUGCCAAAGCCAUUACAUACGCACUCGCCAACAAUGUCCAAACCGUCGAGGAAAUGCGCGCCAUUGUUAAGCCCACUCCUGAAGACCUUGCUCGCACAAUCAAGGUUUUAGAACGCGAUGGCGUUGGAAACGCACCUACAGCGCCAUUGAUCUUCAUUCCCACCUCUCUCUCUGGGGCUGAAUACUCCAAAUUCGCCGGCGGUACCAACGCAGUAACACGCCAAAAGGAUCAGCUCACGCACCCUGGAAUGUACGCCUCGCUUGUCAUUCUCGACCCUCAGCUGACAGUGACAACUCCAUUCAACGUCUGGAUUCAGUCUGGUGUCCGGGCCAUUGAUCACUGUUGUGAAUCCGUGUGCAGCUCAAACGCGCAGCCCGCCGUCGAUAUCUCAGCUGAAAAGGGACUGAGGCUGCUUAUCCCGGGAUUGUUGAAAACUAUUGAAGAUCCACAAAACUUAGAAGCUCGCCUAAACACUCAACUUGGCGCGCGUUUGGCUAUGACUAUGCUGAAUGUCAAUCCUAUGGUGAUGAUGGGGGCCUCACACGGCAUCGGUCAUCAGUUGGGACCUCUUGGUGUAGGACAUGGGCAUACCAGUUGCAUCCUGCUACCGGCAGUCAUGAAGUAUAAUGCUUCAAACGCUUCUUUGGCGAAGAAUGAUGUUCUCGCACAACAGGCGAAGCUGAAGGAGGUCCUCCUCGCAGAAGACAGCAUUGCAUCAGUAUUGCGGGAAGCAAAGAUAGACAUUGAAACCUGUGAUGUUGGAGACGUUCUCCGCGCUAUUUUCAACAAGCUGGGCAUGCCAGCUACGUUGAAAGAGGUGGGCGUUGGCAGGGACAAAUUCGACACCCUGGCAAAAAAUAGUUUGAACGACCCAUUUGCGCCUACGAAUCCGGUGCCAUUGUUGAAGAAUGAUUAUGACAAGGUAAUGGAGAUUCUCGAAUUGGUGGCAGGCGAUGCAUAG